UUAACCAAAAUACUCUAAGCUUUUUAUGUGAUGUGAAUAACAACCGCCGUGAGAACUUACUCUCCUACUUGAUGUAUUUAAAUACAAUGUGUGCGAAACAUUAGUGUUUGUUUUAAACAGUUUUAGCCAUAUCCUGGUUUUUGUUUAACGAAAUGUUCAAAAAUAUGUUCAAAACGUAAUGAAAAGGCGAAAAUUUAUUCUAUGCCGCUACAAAAACUAACGAGAAAUGUACCGAAAUGGCUGAGUUCCUGCCUCUGUGUGAUGUCCUCUUCAAUGUUAUCUCCCUUGCGGGAUAUUUCUGCGAUGUUGUAUUCGACGUUGUAAUGGGUUACGCAUUGCUUGAACGAGGAUACAAGGGCACCUUCGCGGCUGCCAUAUCAAUAGUCAUCACCUCACUUUUAAUAUCACAGGUUCUCUCUCUUCGUUGGUACCUGCAUGUUUGGUGGGCAAGUGAAGGUAGGAAAGACCGACCUCCUUGGCUUCCCAUCCUAUUGCAUUGCUUGCAACUGGGUGUCCUAUGGAGAUAUGCUCGCCUGCUAGUGCCAGUCGAACUCAGAAGGGUCAAACAUCAGGUCAGGGAUUUGUGUAUGCUGCGGCUAGUCCACGCCUUUUGCGAGGCGGCCCCUAUGCUAUUGCUCCAACUUCACAUCCUGUUCAAAGACACUGCCUACCAGGAUCUUCAGGAGACCGCCAACGAGCUAGGAAUAACUCCAGAACCUAGCAUAGAUGAACCUGCAGCAAACAAGGCAUUCGCAGAAUUAAACGUGAUAUCAGCAUCGUUGUCAUUGUUCUCCGUGUGCUGGGCUUUAGCUAGCUUCAGUAAAAAUGUGCGCCUGCAAAAUGUACACCGACUCGUAUUGACAUGGCUCGGAGUUAUAUUUCAGUUCCUAUGGCGUUUGGGAACGGUAUCGGCACGAAUUUGCGCGCUAACAGUCUACGCUCUAGUCUAUGAAUAUUGGGUAUUCUUAGUUAUAGGUCUCCAUUGGCUAUCGAUGUUUCUGUGGUUGAUAUCGCCAAAGAACGUGUUCCACGGUGAGAGGAUAAGCCGACCGAGGAAGGCCUGUCUCUCGGCCCUCAUAGCGUUCCUCUACGUCUUCGCUUACGUUAAUCUGCAUGAGCACAACCAUAGACAAAAAAUGGUGACGUUCUACAGUGUGAUGUGCAUAGAGAAUACACUGCUGGUGGUGUCGUGGUGGUGGUCAGGGAGAGGCGCGGGCUCUCUGGUGGCGGGAGCCGCGGGAUCCUUCAUCGCUGGGAUCGGAUUCAUGCUCCUCUACUAUAGGUAUUUCCACGUGAGGAGGCUGGGGUACAUGCUGGGUGAGAACCAGCAAGGCACAAACAGCACUAACGCAUCGACGCAAAGCAAAAACGGUAAACCGUCCAGUCCCGGAGACAAUGUGGCGAUACCAGGUGUUUUUAACUGCCGUUUUACCAACCCAGUUAAUAAUAGUGCAGCAAACGGCCGUAAGAAGAAGAAGCCGACGUCGUUCGUGCCUCCCCCCGCGCACCCCCCCGCGGCUCACCCCGCGCCCCUCCCCGCGCACUCCUCUGCCGCCUUCUGGAGACGCCCGCUGGCCGGCGCACAUCCACAUCACGGAGGCUCGUCGGAGAACGAGGGAUCAAGCGUCGGAUCCCGCGUCAACAUACAGCAAAAGUUACAGGAGAAGAAACAAAAGCAGCUCGCCGAACUGCGCGUCAUAGAGGAGGAGAUCAAACAGGGCAAGCUCGCCAAGACGACGCCCGUCGCCGCCGAGGAGAUCUACAGCAGCCUCCAGAGGCAACCGAUACCGAGGGCGAAGACGCACGCCGAGCCCCCGCCCUGGCCCUCCAUAGAACUCACGCACUCCUACCAGAACUACCCGGUGCUGCCUCACAACUGCGGCCUCUACCCUGCCUACACGGAUAAACAAGACUUCGGCGCACAGAACAAUGAGGACGCGAACGAUCUAAAGAUGAGGAGGAUACAGAAUCGAUACGAAAACAGAACGUUCUAUGAGAGUCCGGCCGGUGCCAGGAGCGAGGGCAGACCGCCGCUGCGUUCACCGAACUAUAUCGACAACAGGACCUACGACAGCAACUGCGCCAGUCCCAGGACCCUCAAUAGUCCCGGGAACUACAUAGCCGACGUCGCCAGUACUAACUACGACGCCAUAGACAAAACUCGAAACGGCCUGUACAGCGAGGAGCAUAGACAAUUAGGAGAAUAUUCCGGUUACUGCGAAAACAAUCAGUACAAGUACGAAGGGAAGGACGAGUACGCGUCCGCCUUGCAUAACGCUUUAUCGAACGUCCAGACCAUAGAUAAUAUGCGGAGUUAUAACGAGAGCGGUGCGCAGUAUGGCCAGAACUGUGAAAGGUUCGUGUAUUCAGGGUUGCCCGGAAAGAAAAUGGAACAGAUCAGGAAAAUGCAGAGGUGCAGGACUCCUGAGAUAUUGUUGGCGCCCCAUUAUUUGGAGGGCUGCAAUAGACAAGUGUGCUGUCAAUGGGGACCCCCGUAUGGUAACAGGAAGAAAGAGGACGGCGCUCCGGCCAGUAGCGGGGAGGAGUCCAGUCCCGACGGACAGAACCGGGAGACGCCGCGGCCGCCCAGCGACAUCGACAGCCAGAUAUCUUUACCACGAUCGUAUACCUUGCCGAGGGAGUUCCGUUACUGGCGCAGAAGGCCCCGCCUCAGGGACGCGCACGUGCCCAGCAACAACAGCAGUGACGGAGACGUGGACAGCGCAGAUAACGACAGCGAUCGUCGUUCGAAUUGUUCGGCGACUUCACAGAUCCAAAGUCCAACUUACGGUGAGGCGUACCAGUACCAACCCCGCCCGGACCUGUACGGGGCAUGUCCGCCCCGUACCAGACGGACGCACGGAUACAGGAAACAAGUGCCUAAACCAGAGACAAAGUUAUAGUUGACACUUCUAGUAUAUAUCACAAUCAGUCAUUGUUUAAAAAAAUAAGCUUAAUAUAGUCUUUAUUACCUUGUCCACAAACUGUUAGAUACAUUUAAAAAAAAAAAGGUUAUUUUCUUGUAUUUAUUUUCGUAAUACAAGUCGCUUCCAGUACAUUUAUUGAGACAUGUUAUCGAAGUCUGCCAGUACUUAAAGUACGAGGGGAAUCAAGUAAGAACAACCGAUAACAAUAAUUGACGUAUACUUUUUUUAAAUUGUAAAUAAACUUAACCAUCCAAAUUGGAUCUCUCAAAACCUUUCUAGUUGUAAUUAUCUUUAUUAACGAAAUGCCAUGUAAGUAUACUAAACAUUAUUUUAUAUAAUUGUAUAUUUGUACCUUUGUACGAUACUGUAUAUUGAACAACUAAUAAAUGACAAUGAAAU